AUGAGCCCCAAGAAGGGCGAAACCGGUCGUGGGCUGUCGAAGAGUUUUCAGCAACCUUCCAUCCGGAAUGCGCAUCUUACGAAUGUCUCUAAGGGAUUCGAACCAGCAACCUUUAGCAUAGAAGUUACACGUGACCAGUCAGCAGUGCCAUCACCUCUCACUCAACGGAACAUAGACUGCACCAUUUCUUCAUUAAUCAUAAAGCGUUCAGCUGUAGCACCCUUUUGGUGCCUAGCUGCCAUGCCACCCGAAGGAAGCACGAGGGCUGGGAUACUGCCAGGUUGCCCAAGCCUAGACAGGAGAAGUCGAGUGGCGGAGGUCGGAUUCGAACCACGGACCUUCCGGUCAGUAAAUUCGCGCUCUGACCACUUGGGCCAUCUCGCCCCCAUUAAUCAUAAACGCACCAAUAAUACGAAAGACAAUCGUUUAACUGCAGCACCCUUUCAGUGUCUAGAUGACAUGCCAACGCAAGAAGGCGCGAGGGCUCGGAACCUGUCAGGUUACCCAAGCCUAGACAGGAUCAGUCGAGUUGCUGACGUUGGGUCCGAAUCACGGACCUUCCGGUCCGUAAGCUGGCGCCUUAAAGACUGA